CAGCGCAACACCAAAACAUUUCGUACCAUGGCAUCGUAAGUAAAGCACGAAACCCUGCGUCGCAGUUUAGACUCAGAUAUGGACAGCAACAUCCUCUUCCUUCCCUUCCGGAAGUCGCAUUCCGUUAAUCUCACGGAAGCAAUCAAGCAGUACAUUUCCACCAAAUAUGACCAGCAUCCAGAUAUGUUCAAGGCAGACCUUGAAACUAUCGAGAAGCUGCGUUCUGCCGCAGUGCACGCACAAGAACCGCAUCCCAGCAAUAUCUCCAAGCUACAACAAUACGCAGCACAGCUAGUAUGGCUGAGUGGGAAGUUCCCCGUCGACAUCGGCGUCGAGUUUCCAUGGUACCCAGCGUUAGGAUACAAUACGAGCCGUCCCGUAUCGCGCAAUAACCUCCGCUACGAACUCGCAAACAUCAUGUUCAACCUUGCCGCCAUGUACUCGCAGCUGGCUAUGUCAUCGAAUCGAAGCACACCAGACGGCCUGAAAGUCGCUGCAAACAACUUCUGCAUGGCUGCUGGCACAACAUCACAUCUGCGAAACACAGUCCUGCCUGAGCUCCGGACCGAGCCUCCAGAAGACAUGGAUCUCAUGACGUUGGAUUGUCUGGAGAAGCUGAUGCUGGCUCAGGGCCAGGAGUGCUUCUGGCAGAAGGCUGUCAAGGAUGGCUUGAAAGAUGCUACUAUUGCAAAGCUCGCCGCCAGGGUAUCAGAUCUGUACAACGAGGCGACCGAGGCGGGCAUACAGUCUGACUCUGUCAGCAGCGAAUGGAUACACCAUAUGACAGCCAAGCAUCACCACUUCGCUGCUGCUGCUCAGUACAGGGCGGCGUGCGAUGCAUUGGAGAAGCGCAAGUAUGGUGAGGAAGUUGCGAGAUUGAAGGACAGUCUUACUUGCGUCAACGAGGCUCUCAAAGAGCAACGCUACAUCAAUAAGUUGGUGCUAGCCGAUCUCAACGGUCUCAAGAACAGGGUCACUGAGGAUCUGAAGCGUGCGGAAAAGGACAACGACAUGAUCUACCUACUGCCUGUCCCACCGAAAGCAGAGUUGAAAAUCCUUGACAGAGCCAACAUGGUCGUCUCGAGAGUGCCUAAGGAGAUUGCCGACUCGAAUGCACUGCUGGGAGAGAAAGGAGAACUUGGGCAAGCGCUGUUCUCGAAGCUCGUACCUUACUCUGUGCACCUGGCGGCUAGCAUAUACGUCGAUCGUCGUGAUCGACUAGUAAACACUACCAUUGUUGAGGAACUUGAGAAUCUGACCACUCAGAUCCAUGAAGUGCUCCGUAGCUUGAACCUACCAGGCUCUCUGCAGGCUCUCGAGAAGCCUCUCGGUCUUCCUCCAGGGUUGAUGACCCACGCAGAGGAGAUUAGGCAGCAGGAUGGCAUUCAUCGACUCGAGCGCUCCAUGGAGGAUACGCAGAAGCUUAUGUACAGUGACCAAGCGGUUUACAACGAGGGCGUUGAACUUCUCAAGUCGGAAGCUGUGGAGGACGAGAAUGCUCGACGACGCUACGGAACGGCGCUCUGGACAAGACCAUCUGCAGAACAGGCUGCAUCUAAGCUCUAUGGCCAGAUCAAAGAAAUCGAUGGGUAUUUCAAAGCAGCGUCAAACAGCGACAACAUCGUCAAGACGAAGUUGAGGGAGAACGAGCGCUUCAUUAGACUCCUCAGUGGACCCGACCAUGAUCUGGAGAACUACGUACCUAGUGGCCGCCGGCCAGCUAUCACCGGUGACGUUGAGCGGGAAGCAGGCAAGUUGCGCGGGUGUUUCAACGAGGUGAGCCGUCUUGAAAGCAGGAGACGCCGGAAGAUUGAGGCCUUGCGAACCAAAGCGAAGCAGGAUGACAUAAAUCCUGAGUUGCUGCGCGAAGCCGCUCGCUUAGAGCGGGAGUAUCCUAUGCAGACCAUCGAGGCUGUACAAUUCGAGGGUCUCUUUGAUAGGCGGCUGCAGAUGUACGAUGCCGAUCAAGACAUGAUCCAGGAAGAAGAAAGGGAGCAGGCAGAAGCGAUCAAGCGAUUACAAGACGCCAAUGCAUCCUUCUUAAUUGCGCGACGGGGCGAUCAGUCUACAAAACAGCGCGAACAAGCCCUGCAAAAUCUGGAGAACGCAUACUUCAAGUACAAGGAGAUCAUCUCGAACUCCGACGUUGGCCGCAAGUUCUACAACGACCUUGCUAAGAUUGUCAACCGCUUCCGCGACGAUGCGCGCGGCUUUGCCUACCAGCGAAAGUCCGAGGCAUCGCAGAUCGAGAGUGACUUAGCAACUCGAAUGAGUUCUCUAAACCUCCAGCAAGCGAACUCGGAGUCGUUGCAGCAGCAGAAGAAAGCCGAUGCACAGAAUCCGCAAUAUGGGGCAGAUGCCCACGCAGAGACACCUCUUACUGCACCAAAGCCUACCAGGGCGAGUAUACCGCCCCCAGGUAUGUGGACUCCGGAUGUUGGGAUCAAGUUCGGUACAGUGGGGGCUGUCCCUACCUCGUCUGGCAAUGCAAGACCUACAAAUGGUCCUGCACAGGAUGGACGAUGGGACCCGACUCAGGGACUGAAGUUUGCUUGAGCGGGACACAGAGCGUUGUGGUCCAGACGCUGGGCCUGUUGUG